AUGAGGCCGAAGGAGGAGAAGAAGAAGAAGAAGAAGAAGAGGAGGAGGAGGAGGAGGAAGAUGAGGACGAAGGAGGAGAAGAAGAAGAAGAAGAAGAAGAAGAAGAGGAGGAAGACGAGGAGGUCGAGAUCUGGACGACGAUUUGUACGCUUCUGUGCAGAGGUCGCAGGGGUUCCGGAGGCGGACGCCCUGCCCCGCCAGCGUGGGUCUGACCUCAAUCGGGACCUGGUGUGUCUGUUCAUAGCGCAUGCAGUUGGCCGGUACACGACCUCCACCGUCACCGGCACGCUGAGCACCCUGGCGGACUGGCAGCGGUUCAUGGGAGUCUCGCCAGAGGCAUAUAUCAGCCGUGACCCGCUGGUCAAGCGAACCCUGGGCCAAGCGUUGCGGAGGACUGCUGCAGGGCCGGAGUCGGCACCGUCCAUGGCAAAGGCACCCCUGCCCCUAGGGGUGUUGAGGCUGCUCGUGGCGUGGCUACG